UGUUGAUUCAGCAAAGCAAAUGUUGAGAGUGGGCAAUGCGCAGUAGUCUAUUAUAUAUUCUGCACUCUUUCUCAUUCGGUCUACUGAAUACUGAUUAUCUCUCUUCAACAUAUUUGCCUCUACCAGCUGUUAUCUACCAUGGGAGACCGAGAAGACAUGCUAGCCCAGAUGAAGGUGCACAAUGACAAGUUUAUGGUAGCUUUUGCAAACAAUGAUCCUGAUUCAAUUGGACCACUCUACACCACUGACUGCAAAGUAAUGCCUUCUGGGCAAGAUGUCAUUGAAGGAAGAGAAGGUUGUGUUGGAUACUUUGGCUCUCUGAUGAAGGAUUUGGGUGUGCGCAAGUGUGUUGUAAUUGUUGAUGAAGUCGGCCCCUGUGGGGAAACUGCAUACGAGAGGACUCACUUCCAGAUGUACAAGAGUGAUGGAUCUCAAGUUGUUGAUGGAAAGUAUGUUGUAAUUUGGAAGAAGGUUGAAGGAAAAUGGAUGUACUACAUUGACAUCAUGAACUCCAACAACUGAUAAGCUACGUACUGUCAAGAGAAUGUACAGUGUGUACUGUGGCUAUACUGUAUAGUGGCUAUUAUUAAUGAAAUUUGAUCAUACUUGUUCUCAUGUUACAUUACAUAAUUAUAUAGAAAAUUUAUUAAUCAGUUAAA